AAAUGUGAUAAUUUAAAUGUAUAUAAUAACUUUAACUUCAUAAAUGUUUACAUUAGUUAUUACAUUAUUGUUAUUAUCACUGCAAAUAUUUUUAAUUAAUUUGCGAGAUAUUAUAAUCAUUCUAGAUAUCAUAUUUUUUGCAGGAUUUGGAGUAUGGCAGAAUGUGCACAUUUUCGAGAUAGAUAACAUGGGAAACCUGUCAUCCAUAGCAAGGAUUCGCUUUCAUAUUCAAUCAUGGUACGACGAAGUAGAAGAUUUCGAUUCGGCGGAAUUCGGAUUGGUGAAUUUCGUCGCAAAAAGUAACUUGCCUUACAUCCCAUUCGCGUUGUCGACAAUUAGCCGGAUCGGUUGCGGUCGUGCAAUUUACACACAGCGAUCGAGAUUCAAAGUCAAAAACAUGGCGACGUCGUCAACUGAACAUACAAUAGCUAUUGCAUACGGAGAAGUUCGUGUGGAGGCUCUCGUGUGCAAUUAUGGCCCUCUUGAUUGGAACACACCAAGAGAAUUGUACGAAGACGGUGUACCGGCUGUUUGUCCAGCGGGAACGAUGCGGAGCACACAAUAUCGAGCCCUAUGUCAAAAGUUUCAGGGAUGGCAUACACAAAAGCAGCGUAAAGUUCAAGAGAAGCGAGGUAAAAAAAACAAUGGAACAACGAGCAACAAAUUUGUGAAAUCUACAGUUUAUCUUAUUCAACUAGUAUUAUUAUUUCUGAUACGCCUAUUGACGUGAUCGUCCACUUAUCGUCGUUGUCCGAUGUGCUAUUAAUAGACCGUAUUCACCAGUUAACCACUGUUUAUACCAUAGUCACCGGGGUCGGCUCAUUAACUUCGAUAACGAGGAACCUGGAUCUACUAAACGCGUCUAUCGCCUACCAUGUUGACUUCUUACUCGGUCAAUUUACCGUCCUCUUACUUUUUUUUUUUUUUUUGUCAACUCCAAGAAUUUGAUCUUACGAUUAAACGACCGUGACGAGGCAACACGAACCUGCCUACGGAAAAAAAAAAAAAAAAAAAAGAAAAAGGAGG